AUUCACACUGAGAGACUGAACUACUGCUGUGAAACUUACAGAUAUCAGCCAGAACAACACAGAGACAUGAAUCCAAAACAUACAGAGCUGAGGAUGGUGCUAAUUGGAAGAAGUGAAGCUGGAAAGAGUUCAAUAGGCAACGUAAUACUGGGUCGAGAGGCGUUUAAAGAAAGGCGAACCACAGAGAGUGAGAUACAAACAGGGAGAGUAGAAGACAGAAACAUCUCCAUCAUCGACACUCCAGGAUUCUUCAACACUCAACUGACUGAUGAAGAGAUGCGGGAGCAGAUGAUGAAGAGUCUUACUCUCGCUCAUCCUGGUCCUCACGUGUUCCUGCUCGUCAUCAGACUCGACAGAUUCAUAGAAGACGUGGUGAAGAUCGUAAAAAAGAUUCAUGAGCACUUUGGAAAGGACGCUUUCAGGUUCACCAUGGUGCUGUUCACCGGAAGAGAGGCGAUGUCCAAGCGAGAAUGGAUCGAGUUCAGGCUGGACAGAAAAACUAGAGAACUCCUGAGCUUCUGUGAAGAGAAAUGCCAUGUGAUCAUUCAUAAAAACAAGAGAGAUAGGAAGCAGAUUGCAAGCCUGUUAGAGAAUAUCGAUGAAGUGGUAUGGAAGAAUGGACGAGAACAUUAUGUUAAAGAGAUCUGUGUGAAGAAUAGUCAAGAUGAAACUAAACAAAACGAUGGAAAAGAGAUCAGUCUAGACCAGCAAAUAACAAGUCAAGAGAAAGAGAAGAACGGAGAAGAAGAAAACAGAGCAGAGCAUCAGAUUACAGAAGAAGAGAUAGAAAACGAUGUUCAGAAAGACCAAAGAGCUAUAAAUGAGAGUGAAAAAAUAUCUCCAGAAGGAAAUCAAAGCAACCAAAAACAUGAAACGUGUUUGAUCGGGGAGAAGAAAGAGACACCAGAAAAUAAUUCAGUAAACGUGUCUGAUCUGAGGAUUGUUUUUCUGGGUAAAAGUGGAUCUGGAAAGAGCUCGGCAGCAAACACCAUCCUGGGCAAAGAUGCGUUCAGAAUCAAUAUGAGUCUCCCAUCAAGCACUCAAACCUGUGAGAAACAAGAAGCACACGUGUGUGGAAGACACAUCUCAGUGAUCGACACUCCAGGACUGUUUGAUCCAUCGAUGACGAGAGACCAAAUGCAGGCUGAAAUACAAAAGUGUGCAGAGGUGUCUGCUCCUGGCCCUCAUGUGUUUCUGCUGGUCAUCAGACUGGACAAGAAAUGUACAGAUGAGGAGAAAAACACAGUGAAAUGGAUUCAGGAGAACAUCGGAGAAGAUGCUUUACGCCACACCAUCAUUCUGUUCACUCACACUGAUCAUCUGAAGGAAAAAUCAUUAGAUGAGUAUAUUAGAGACACUCCAGAUCUACAGGCAUUUACUGAGAGUUUCUGUGGCAGAUUUCACUCAUUAAACAAUAAAAACAUGGAGAAUCACUCUCAGGUCACUGAACUGCUGGAGAAGAUUGAAAAGAUGGUGGAGAGCAAUGGAGGGAAGCACUACACCAAUGAGACAUUUGUGAAAUAUCAGGAAGAGACUGACAGUGAGAAAGAGGAGAAAGUCAAAGAAAGCCCAUCAAAUUGGUUGAAAGGAAUGUUUGUUUUGUUCGUAGGGGCACUAGCAGCUGCAGCGGUAGCUAAAAGUGGACUUGAAGGAUGAAGAACAUCUGGAACAACAGGAGGAAACAAAUAUGAACAAACAGCUGGAAAAUAAUUUUUAUUUGUCUUCAAUGUUACAGAUUCUAACAAUAUUAGUGGAUUAAAUUAUGUAUGUUUCAAAAUUAUUUAUUAGGCUGGACCUAAAGAGUGAAUGGCUCAUCAAACAUAACAAGAAUGUUAAAAAAAGUUACAUGAUUUCAGAC